AUGCGCCUCAUCAACACCAACACCCUUGAGCUCAAGGAGUUUCCCGACCACUCUAUCCCACCAUACGUUAUUUUUUCUCACGUUUGGGGAGACGAAGCCGAGGAAUGUCACUUCCAAGAGUUUUGCAGCUCUGCAAAUCAUACCGCGGAGACAAAGAGAAAGAACGGUUAUGCCAAAAUCGUUAACUUUUGUCUCAAAUGUCGAGAGAGCGGCUACGAAUGGGCGUGGGCAGACACUGUUUGCAUCGAUAAGGCAAAUUACGAUGAACUCAAUUUCGCCAUCAACUCUAUGUUUGAGUGGUAUCAAAAUUCUGAGAUGUGUUUCGCAUACCUAGAGGACACCAAAGUUCCCGAAAGGUCUCCGUUUGGUAGAGAUCAGCACUUCCUUUUUCUUGGCAGGAUCAGGGAUUGUCAAUGGUUCAAAAGAGGCUGGACGUUACAGGAGCUCAUUGCACCUCGUACUAUUCGCUUCUUCUCUCGGGAAUGGAAAUGGUUCAUGUCAAACUAUCAGGCAGUGGAUGAUAUUUCGGGUAUAACAUCAUUGCCAAAGAACGUUAUUUAUCAACUCAAAGACAGCACGUUCACUCUCCAAAGCUACCGGUCAUGGCUCCAAUAUUCUCCUCGUUCUGUUCUAAAAUGGGCUUCUCGGAGAACAGUACGACAGACAGAGGACGCAGCAUAUUCUUUGCUUGGUUUGCUCAAUGUCAAAAUUGACAUCCAUUAUGGUGAAGGCCUGAAAGCAUUCGAGCGUCUUCAAACUUUAUUGAUCCUCCAAACAGGGGAUCCCCGCUGUCUUUUGUGGGAGAAUGACGAAUGGGCCUCUAGGAAAACUGACCGAAUUGGCUUAUGCCCUUAUCUUUCGCCAAGUAUAUCUGUUUUCCAAGGAUUACGGGGACAUGAAGUUAGAGCUGGAGAAGCUUCCCAAGGGUGGGGAGUUGGAGACUUGGACUACCGCGCUGGGUGGGAUCUCUCAUUCUGUCACGAGUUAUAG